CAACAGGUCACAUGAUCGAUGGAGGAAGCCAUUUUGGAUUUCCGAAAACAUACACACAAAAUGUCUAUGUAAAUUUGACACAUUUUCUCGAAGAUAGCAGUUGACAGUGCUCAAAUAAGUCAAUAGGCGUCGUCAGGAUAAAAUAUGGCGUUGAGCAAAGUAAAAGGGACACUCGAAAGAGUUUUAGAUAAGAAUUUACAAGAUUUGGUGCGCGGCAUCCGAAAUCACAAGGAAAAUGAACACAAGUAUGUUGCAGAAUGCUUGGAUGAGAUCAAAUCAGAACUUCGUCAAGACAAUAUUGCUGUUAAGGCCAUGGCAGUCAACAAACUCACAUAUCUUCAAAUGUUGGGAUAUGAUGUUAGCUGGGCAGCCUUUAAUGUGAUUGAAGUGAUGAGCUCUACAAAAUUCACCUUUAAGAGGAUAGGAUACCUUGCUGCCUCACAGAGUUUUCACGAUGGCACUGAUGUUCUUAUGUUAACUACAAACAUGAUACGCAAAAUAAACCGUCUAGGAAAGAAAUUAAUAGAACCUUUAACAAAUCUUAUUCAUAGCACAUCAGCAAUGUCUCUCCUGUAUGAAUGUAUCAACACUGUGAUAGCUGUACUCAUUUCUGUAUCUACAGGCAUUCCAAACCAUACCGCCUCCAUACAGCUUUGUGUUCAGAAACUGAGAAUUCUUAUAGAAGAUUCUGACCAAAACUUGAAGUAUCUUGGCUUGCUUGCUAUGUCUAAGAUUCUACAGACUCAUCCAAAAUCUGUACAGACACAUAAAGACUUGAUACUUCAGUGUCUUGAUGAUAAAGAUGAAUCUAUCAGGUUUAGAGCAUUAGAUCUCCUCUAUGGCAUGGUAUCUAAGAAGAAUUUGAUGGAGAUAGUGAAGAAAUUGAUGAUACAUAUGGAUAAAGCCGAGGGAACAAAUUAUAGGGAUGAGUUACUGGCUAAAAUUAUAGAAAUCUGUUCACAAUCUAACUACCAAUAUGUCACAAACUUUGAAUGGUAUGUGAGUAUACUGGUGGAACUGACUCGUAUGGAGGGUACGAGACAUGGUCGACUGAUAGCCUCUCAGAUGUUGGAUGUAGCAAUCAGGGUUCAAGCUAUACGUUCUUUUGCUGUGGCACAAAUGGCUGUCUUAUUAGAGAAUGCUCAUUUACUGGCCAACAACUCACAGAGAAAUGGUAUAUGUGAGGUACUUUAUGCUGCAGCUUGGCUAUGUGGAGAGUUCCCAGAUGAGCUUGAAGAUCCAAAAGGAGUUCUUGAAGCCAUGUUAAAACCAAAGAUAACUGCCCUACCUGGUCAUAUCCAGAGUGUGUAUGUACAGAACUCUAUCAAACUGUAUGCUAACAUCAUUAAACGGUCCGAGGAGGAUAAUGAUACUGAGGUUGUGAAAGAAGUAGGUGAAAUGCUGCAAGAAAAAUUACCUAUCUUUAUACAGAGCUCUGACCUUGAAGUUCAAGAAAGGGCAUGUUGUAUGGUGCAGCUAGUCAAAUAUGUGCUCAAACUUCAAGAUAAAGGUGCUAGUGUUACAGGUAUUGCUGAAGAAGUGACAGCUCUUUUUGCUGGAGAACUUAACCCUGUAGCAACUAAAGCUCAAAAGAAAGUCCCUGUACCUGAAGGAUUGGAUUUGGACUCUUGGAUCAAUGACCCACCUUCAGAGAGUUCUGAUGAUGAUGAUAGACGUGUUGGUAACUCUAUAUUCCUGCCACCUGGUGGCGAUGAUCAUAGGUCAUUCUAUUCUGAACCAGCUCAGAAAGUAAAGGAAAUGACAGAGGAGGAGCGGUCUAAGGCAAGAGAAACAAGACAAGCUGAACAAGAACAUAAUCCUAACUACCUCAAGGGGGAUACUAAGAGAAAGAAGGCAUCACUUGUAGAGGGUACAUCAGGUAUUCCUGUGGCACACAUUGACUUGUCAGUACCACUCCAUGUACCAGGUGUUAACUCUGACAAAUACAUGCAAAUGGAUGCUGAAGGAAGGAAAAAGAAACAGAAGAAGAAGAAGAGAAAGAAGAGGAAAGGAGAAGAUAAUAGUGAUGAGGAGGAUGACAUUCCACAACAACAUCAAGUCAGUGUUGUCACAGAAAUGCCUGAGGGAGCAUCAAAUCUGUCAGACAAGGAUGAUGAGGGUGAUGAACUAUACAAAAAACUUGACAUUAAUUUAGAUGAACCACUACAGCCAAAUGAAAUCCUACCUGUAAGAACACAUAGGGUAGUAUCUGAUCAAUUACCAUCACCUACAGAUGAGCCUGUUGUGAAAAAGAAAAGUAAACAUAAAAAAGAGAAAGAAAGUAGAAAGGAGAAGAAGAAAAAGAAGGAAGAAAGGAAGGAGGAAAAGAAGAAGCAUAAGAAGAAGGCACAUAAAAUGAAUGGUGAAGAUGAGCCAAGUUUGAUGAUGGAGGACCAUGAAGAGAUUGAUGGUGAUAACACACCAUUACAAUCUCCACGUGAUAACGCUCCACCUGUAGUCAAUAAUGUAGAUGAUAAACCAAUACAAAAUGGAGAUGAAAAGAUGAAUGACCUUGACUUCUGGUUGUCAGGGAAUGAUGCUAAAUCUAACAGUAAGCAAUCUGAGGAGCAGAAUGAAGAGCCUGUGAAAGUGAAGGUCUCUCAUGUACCAGAAUUAUCAUCAGAUGAUGAGGACGUCAAGACACGUUCCAAAAAGAAGAAAAAAGAGAAGAAAGAAAAACGAGAAAAGAAAGAUAAGAAGGAGAAGAAAAAGUCUAAGAACAAGUUAACAGCAGAUGGGUACGAGGAAACAGAUGGGAUAACUACACCUUCGAAAGAGGAAGUGUCGCCAUCCCAACUAGACACUCCUGUUAAUGCCAAGCCUAUGUCAAGUUACAGAUUAUUAGCAGAGAACCAAACUGUCAAAAUGACAUGUGAAACUCGAGUUAGUCCCCAGAGAACAGACCAAAUAGUAUUGUCAGUUGUUUUUACCAAUCUAACCAGUGACCAUAUAAAAAGUCUAGAAUUCAAUGUAAUGGAUACCUUAAAUACCAAACUUAUCCGUGGGAUUGGUCAGAAUACACAUGAUGCUGUCCAGGUCCCUUUUGUGCUUCCAGCAGGGGUCAGUAAUGAAGGCCAGUUUGCUUUUUCUGUACAAAGUAUAGUACAACCAUCUAAAAUGAAAGGAACUCUAACAUAUAUGGUGAAGACUGAAGAAGGCUCCACACAUGAUAAACUAGAUUUCCGUCUUGAAAUUCCUUGUAGUGCUUUCUUUGUUGCAUUGCCAUGUAAAGGGCCAGACUUUGCAUCAUUAUUGGGUUCCGGAGAUCUUACAGAAAAGUCUACUUUAAAAUGUACACCACUAGAUCCAAGCUUUGAUGUUUCCUUGCUUAGAAUUUGUUUCUUUAAUCAUUUUAAAGUUGUUGAAAAGGUUGAUAACAGUGCCUCACUAUACAGUCGUUCAAUACAAGGGCAUCAUGUGUGUUUACUAGUCAAAAAUAAUGGUGGUGAAUUAACAGUGGAUGGUAAAUGUUCCGAAAGUUCCCUCCUAUCUAAUUUAUUAGAUGAUAUCAAAACUACGCUAACAAGUGACAUAUUGUAGCAGUGAUAUGGUGAUAAAUCAGGGUAGUAAAGCAGCUUGUUAUAUAGACAGAAAGUAGUUCCAUAUAAACUUGAUGACUAUGCAGUAGUCGGUACAAACAUCAAGGAACAUUUGUUUGUAGAACUUAAAAUAAAUAACAAUGUAUGUGUAAUUUGAUGGUCAGACAAUGAUUUCAGUAUGAUUUAAAUAAGCAUCAGGCUUUUGUAGCAUUUAUAAAGGAUGAAAAUAGAACUAUAAUUCCCCCAUUAUAUUCAGUAUUAUAACUUGAUGUUUCUUGUGAUUUUCACUAUUUUUAUAGAAUAAUAAUCCUUCAUUAAAAGAUUUCAAAUGAAUUGGUACUUUGGUAUAUUGAUGAUCAUCAACAAAAAAGAUAACACGUGUGUACAUUUUAAAUUUAAACUGCCUGAUUUUAUAACGAGAACAUACUUGAAAACAGAUGUUUUAUAUCCUACUAUUUUUACAGUUAAGAUACAUACAAAAAAUACCAUCUGGUGAAUUCAGUUAUGCAUAAAUUUUCCUCCUGGAAUUUAAAAAGUAAAUAAAUAGCCAGAUAAGAAUUAUAAAGUGUUUAUAAAAUAAUAAUGUUUAUUCUUUAUAUGUGAAAUAAGUUAAAUGAAAGGGAAAUUUAUUAAUGUACAAGCAGUGCAUACUCACACCAUAUGUUACAUGUUUUAGCCUAAAUCCUUAUAUUAUGUGUGAAGGUAUUGGUUAACUCCCUUGUUUAAUGUAUAUUUGUUCAAGUUUCAUUACAUUGAUUAACAUAAUGAUUGCAUUUAGUGUCUAGAUUAUUUCCAUAUAACACUUUUAGUCAUUUAAAAAAAUAUAUUCCAUAUAAACAAAAUGUGUUACCAUUAAACAAAUUUGUGAUAAUCAUUUACCUUGUGUAAGCUUGUGAAAGAUUUAAUAAAUGUUAUAUUUAUUUGUGCAAGUGUUGUACAGAUCAAAUAUAUGUAUUAUUUGUAUAUCAUGAAUUAAUGUAGCAAUAUUGUCAUAAUAAUAUGUAUGUAAAAUUUCAGUUUGAAUAUUGGAUGUUAGAUUGUAAUAUAACUUCAUUACCUAUAUGUUAAAGUGCUGCCUUUUUGUUCUGCCAAAAUGUUCCUGAGAUAAGCUUGAAUAAGUUAUUCCAGUCAUAAGCUAUGUAUUUGUUUUAAAGUAUAUAUAACUAAUAAUUGCAAUAUUUCAUUGCAUUUAACACAAUUUGAAAGUAAAAUUGAUAACAACAUUUAUCAUUUAUUUUUGUUUUAGGUGAGAAUUAAGCUUAUGAUUUUAAAUUCUUGUUAUUGUCCUUUAUUAAAAAUUGUACCACUAUAACGUUUUCAUCUUGGCAUCAUGGUUUUCUCAUCAAUUUUGCAAUUCUUUAUUCAAGAGUUAAUAGCUCAUUUUAAACUUCUCAAUUAGGAACAAAUUAUAUUCCCUAUAUUAUAUAUGUAUACCAAAGAUUAAACAAUCACUAGAUGAUCUGUUUGGAGAGGUGUCACAGUAAAUAUACUAGUCUACAUAUGAUGUAGUACUUUAAUGCCAUAUAAAUAUGUUAAUAUAUUAUUGUCACAGGGCAACAUCUCAAGUUUUCUAUACUCUGGACUAUUUUUGAUCUAUUUAGUUUUUUCUCAUUUUCAUGUUUAUUAUAGUCUGUGUAAAGAUAUUGUAAAGCUGAUAUACUAAAUACCACAGGACCAAUGACAAUAUAAUAUGUUCAAGUAUGAAACCUUGUUGAUAAUUAGUGUUUCGAUGACAGGACAUUCAUAAACAAGAAGAGUAUGAAUUCUGAAUGCGAUAUAUAUAUUUAGAAUUAAAAUGUACAAUGUACUAGUAAUAGAAAUAAGUCCCAAAUAGAUUAUUAUGAGUAACUCAUAUAAUUAUAGUGAAGUCUAGUUCAUUAGUCAAUAUUGGUGCAUGGUUACCUAGGAAACCUAGAACCUACAUAAAGUAUAGUCAUACUCGUUUUCAGAUUAUCACCCUUUCAUUUACUUUUCAUUUUAGUUUGGGUCCAAGAAAGAUGCUCAUGUUAUUGGAAUGGUUAAUAUUUAAAUACAGAUUAUAUAAAAGUAAAGUAUUUUAUUCAUUGCUAUUCCAUAUUAUAUUGCAUGUAAUUUCAAGGUAUGUUAGGGUUUAAUAUAUAGAAUAAAUGUAGAAAUUAUGAUAUCUUAAAGUAGCCUUCUGUACUGGUCAUUGAUAAUGGUCGCAUCAAGUAUAAUUAGCUAGGUUAAUACUCAGAGGGAAUUAUCUCAUCUGAUAGAUCAACUGUCACCAUAGUAACCCAAGUAAUAUAAACAGAAAAUAAUGUUUAAAAAUUUAGAUUUUGAAUUCUCAGUCAUCUUUCAGAUGUGUGAAUGAUAUAUACUACGAGAAUCCUUGCUUAAACAAAUGUCAUUUUACCAAUUUAUGUGCAAUCUUUUUUUGUUUGUUGUUAAUUGUUUUAUGUUAUGUAUAUAUUGUAUGUUAAUGACGUGUAGUCAGUGUAAUUAAGAUAUGAUGAUAUAUGUGUGAUGAUUUUGUGAAUUGUGUAAUGUUAUACAGCCAAAUGCUGAUAAAGUUCAUUCAUGUGAGAAAUGUUAUUUGAUAAAAUAAUAAGUUUUCAAUUCUAAAAUAUUAAUGAUUUAUUGUCUGCAUAUUUGUCUGUUUUUGAUGCUUUCUGAUUUUUAUAAUAAGCUUUUUUCUAUACUUACAAAAAGAUCAUAUUGCAAAUUCAGCUCGUUCUUAUUUGAAACAAAAGAAAAUGAUAAGGGUCAGUAUUAUUUUAAUAAAAAUCCCUGGAAGGUUCAGGACACUGUAUUCAGAUAUAGGAACAUUUCUAGUUUAUUAUUGGUAAUUUUCUUAUUGAAGAUUACAAUGCCAAAUGAAAUUAAAACAUUUUCGGCAUCUUGAAUUUUGAUUACAUAUCAAAAAAAUAAUUUUUUAUCUACUACAUAAUACAUUGUGAUUAUAGCAUAUACUAUAUUACUUACAGCAGGGUAUAUGUCCUAAAAGAAUUGAUGAUAAAUGAAUAAUUGUAAUUGAAAAUGUAAAGAAUUUGUAGAUAGUUAAAACAUUUACUUGUUCUGUAUGAUUACAUUUUGAGAUCACAUUUAUGUGCUUGUUUACAUGCUUAUUUUAUGAAAGAAUAAAAACUAGAUUUAUAUGACCACA